GUACUUGAAGUAAUCUCAAUUUGAAACUUUUUAAAUAUUUGAUGUAAAUAUUGCCCGUUUAAUCUCUAUUAAAAUUUAAAUUAACUAUAUAUUUAAUACGAAUUCCUAACGUUACCCCUGGCAGGUCUGCUGUAAAAGUGUAAUGAGUCAUCACUGUUAGGCUUAGCGUAAUCUUAUCGUGAUCAAGUAUACGUUAAAAUUUAAAAAGAUUAAUAUGUCACUAAAUUGCCCGAGUUGUGGAAAUGAUACCGUAGAGAGUGGUGAAUAUUACGCUCAGGAUCACCUUGUGUGUACAUCAUGUGGAACUGUUAUUGAAGAAGACAGCUUUGAGAAUUCAUCAUUACUGGAUGGGACAACACUUGUAGCUGCUAGUAGAAACAAACAUACUUCAUCUGUACAGCUGAGUAUUAAAAAUGUACCAAAGUCAUUCCUCCAGAUUGCUUUCUACAAGAGAACGGGAAAGAAGGUACAAGCUGGUUUAAACAAAUCUAAGGACUUGGCUUCUGCUUUUAAGUUUAACCAAGAUAUGACAAAUGAACUUACAGAUCUAUAUUCUGAAUUGGUAAAGACUGAAGUAUUCUUCUUUCGUAAACAGAAGGUUAAGGAAAUCUUAGCAGGCUGUUGUGCUUAUAAAGUUAUGAGAGAAAGAGACAUAGCUGUGUGUGUAUCAAGCAUUUGUAACUUUUUGGAUUGCACUGCCAGUGAAUUCAGUUUAAUAUACAAACAGUUUUUGAAUGUUUCUUCAUUUAAAAUCAGAAGUACCAGUGCCCAACAGCUAGUUCCAGUUGUUUUAAGUGAUCUAAAACUAGGGGAAGAAGCCGAAGAUAUGUCAAAGAAAACAUUAGAGAUUAUUAAUUUAGCUGACAAGUUGGGGUUUACCAGUGGUCGAACAGCAACUCCUAUUGUUAUUGGUGCUGCAUUUUUGGCAUGGCAGGCUAUGAAUAUUCAAAGAAUGAAAACAAGUUUCCAGACAUUUUGUUCUGUUGUUGGGCUUUCCAAGUUGGUGACAGCUCGUCGUAGAGCUUUAGAGUUAAAGCAUUUACUGGUGGAUUUGGGUAAACAAAUUCCUUGGUUAACUGCAGACAGAGUAACAGUUGCAAAUGUUAUAUUGCAUAUAGACUCAAUCAUUAAGUAUUCUUAUGCCUUCAUAAAAGAUAAGUCAGCAUUGUCAGAUAAAGGUAAAAAAGAUAACAACCAGAACCCUGAUGUGGUGGUUAGCUCCAAACGUGAACUUGUACAAGGAGAAAGCUCAGCUGGCUCUUGUAAGAAACAAAAGAAAGAAGAACUUAGCUAUGAAGCAGGUUAUGUCAGUGAUGACAUAUCUGAUAGUGAGAUUGACAGUUAUAUCAAAUCAGACACAGAAAUUAAGGAAUAUGAAAAAUUACUUAGUAAAUUUGAACAGAAGUGAUAAGUAAGGAAAUUUGGUGAUUGUGUGCUUAAUGGAUAAGUUAUACAAGUUAUUGUAACAAGUAUCUUAAAAAAAAGAACAACUUAAAAGUAAACAGUGUCAUUUAUGAAAAGUUUAUAGUUAUGUGUGAAAUAAACCUGGUAGAUGCAUGAACAUUUUAUGCUAUGUAUUUUAAUUAUCUUUUAGAAAACAUUACAUUAGGUGCAAGUAUUAGCAUUGAGUGAUUCAAACAGCUUUGAUGUACAAGAAUUGUUGUUUUAAAAUCACAAAAAUGUGUAUAAGAAAUUUGUAAUAUUAACUUGUGUAUUGGUAAAAAAGCUAAGUGUGCUGUUACUUUGACAGUUUAUCCAAUUGUGCUAUAUCAGAAGGAAUUUCCCCUAUCAUUUCGGCUGACUUUUUUUAUGUAUUUCACCCAAAACAGUUUCCAUUCACUGAGAAGCAUUUCAACAGGAGAUAAUUAUUUCUGAUUGUCGUCCCUCUUUAAGAUGACCAUCUAAAAAUGUUCAUCCUUCUGUCUUACUUUCAUCUUCUAAUUCUUAGUUGUACCCUUGGUAAUUUGAUCAUAUUUUCCUUUGUUACUGGUAUUGGAUGGACUGUAUCAUGAUAUCUAUGUUCCCAGUGUUUUUAUACUUUAUUUUCUUGGCUAAAACUUUGAUUACAACAGAAGGUAUUGUGUGAAAUACCUUGACUGAUCAUGAUUCUCAUUCUGAACUUCUUUUAUUUACUAUCAGGGUUCAUUGUUAUUUUUAGAUGUGCUGAAAUUUUCAGAGGGUCUCGGAUAAGGGUGUUUAUACCAUGGAAUAAAUCAUAAACAUUGGAUCUUGCUCUGGCUGUGUUAAGAAAUUGAUUUGUGCAGAUGAACCACUUUGUUUACUGAGAGGUUCCAUUACAUCUUAAAAGUGAAUUUGGGUUACACCCCACAAAAAUUUGCCAUUUAGUGAUGUCUUUGGCAUCCAAGUCACAUCUGGUUGCAAUUCUUUAAGCCAGAUAGAAUCUCUAACAGGUGGCUUUUUUCUCUGUUCAUGGCUUAGUUAAAACAACUAGGCCUACAUUUCUGUUGAGCAUAGUAAUUCUGAUUAUUGAGGUAUUGCUGUAAGGCUCAACACCCCCUUUAACAAUUACAGGGAUGCCUGGGGUUGUGGAAAUGUUUAUUUAGAAACAUGGUUCUCCAUGAGAGGAUGAUCCUCUGGAAGUGGACUGUUGAAUGGCUUUUGGUAUCUAAUGAUGCCUUGGUGGGUACCUAUGUUCCUAGCCUUGCAUAGUAUUGAGGCACUGGAGACAGAACAAUAGCUCUUCACCUAGUGUUUGUCUUGUAGCUCCUGUGAAGAUGUAGCUCUUCACCUAGUGUGUGUCUCGUAGCUCCAGUGAAGAUGUAGCUCUUCACCUAGUGUUCGUCUUGUAGCUCCAGUGAAGAUGUAGCUCUUAACCUAGUGUCUGUCUUGUAGCUCCAGUGAAGAUGUAGCUCUUCACCUAGUGUCUGUCUCGUAGCUCCAGUGAAGAUGUAGCUCUUAACCUAGUGUCUGUCUUGUAGCUCCAGUGAAGAUGUAGUUCUUAAACUAGUGUAUAUUUAUCUUCUUUAGUCUAGUUAGUAUUCUUAUUCCAUUUAAAUUGUAGAACUCAUCCUCAAGUCUACCAUGUCUUUCUAAUUCCAUUGGUGCUCAUUGAUAGGGAUGGUUUUUGUGACUUGACUAUUGUGGUUGUAGGAGGUACUAACCUCAGGAUCAUAUCCAGUCUAGAUAUUAUUGGUCUGAUCUUCACUACAGGUGAAGGACAAAGCAAUGCAAUUCGAUUUUGACUAUAUGUGACUACGCCUUUGAAUGUGAUGUCUUCACUCAUUUUCAUAGUAAUCCACUCUGGUUCUGGUUUCCCUUCAACUCUGAUUGCAUUUUCCAUUGUUAGGGUCAAAGAUGUUAUCUUCCUGCCUAGAAAUCCUAAUUUUAGUGACUUUCAUCUCAAUAUGAAUAUUUAAUAUUUCAGAGGUAAACUGCCUGUUUAGAAUUUUACAGAUAAGUACCCAUUUAAAAUUUAUAAAUUUUUUUAUCCAUUUAGCACCUUAUCAAAGCUAUGAUUAUGGUGCAAGCUGUAUUGUUAAUCCUACUGUAUGUUAUACUUCAUUUUAAGUUGUUUCAGACUUGAUAAAGUAGCAGACACAAUAAAACUGUAAUAAUAGUGUAAUGUCUAUUACUAAGUAAGGCAAAGUUAGUGUUCAACCUUUUCACGAUUUAUUGUAAUAUGAUAAUUAAAUGUUGUGCUCAUUAAUCAAUGACAUUCAACUAAUUGAUUAUUCUCAUGUGAUUUAGGUAGUUUGAAUAAAUUAAAAAAUUAAUUGGAAACGAA